GCCAAACCACUACUCGUGGAAGCCAAAUUUGUGGCACUAAGAGUAUUGUUCUCGAAAAAAGGCAUCAUGACUUCUCCUGCUGCGCUAUCAGCACUCGCGCCUACCAGAAGAUGCGGGUUGAUGGAUGCGUCUGCGGCAGAGUGCCUCCACGUACUGCGCAAUCGCCUACGCGAGCAAAACUCCGACUCUACUCCGAAUUAUACUAAGAAGAACCAUCGGAAACGCAUGUUCCUAGAAGUUUGCAGAACGUUUCUACGAGGAAGUCUCCAGACAAACUUGUCUCCACCAAUAAUGUGGUCUCAG